CCGCCCCCGUGUCAGCCUUCCCAAACUGGGUGCUUGUUGUCUGUCCCACCGGAGAACGGAGAGAUCCAGCUUUACGUUAUUAAAAGAACACAUUCAGGCUGAGGAACGAUGCCUUCUGAUUGACAUCAACAACACUGAGUCCAUCAUGAACAGCGAGGAAGAGUUCUAUGAUGCUGAGACAGGUUUGGAAUCUGACGACUCGUGUGAGGUCAGCUAUAAAGAUGCCAGCAAGCAGACUGCGAAUGGCAAAGUGCCAUCUGAGAACGGUGUUUGGGAGAGACGGACAACUCUCCCAGCACCCAUGUUCUCCAGAAAUGACUUCAGCAUAUGGGGCUUCCUGAAGAAAUGCAUCGGAAUGGAGCUGUCGAAGAUAACAAUGCCUAUUGUUUUCAACGAACCGCUGAGCUUCUUGCAAAGAAUUACUGAGUACAUGGAACAUACAUACCUCAUCCAUAAAGCUUGUACACUUUCAGACUCCUUCGAGCGCAUGCAGUUUGUUGCCGCGUUCGCCGUUUCUGCUGUUGCAUCACAAUGGGACAGAACUGGAAAACCUUUUAACCCUUUGUUAGGAGAGACGUACGAGCUCAUGAGGGAGGAGGAGGGUUACCGCAUGAUCUCGGAACAGGUCAGCCACCAUCCACCAAUCAGUGCCUUCUACGCUGAGUCACUGAAUCAGGACUUUUCGUUUCAUGGCUCUAUCUACCCUAAACUGAAGUUCUGGGGGAAGAGUGUGGAGGCGGAGCCUAAGGGCACCAUGACGCUCGAGCUGUCAAAGCACAAAGAAGCAUACACAUGGACGAACCCUAUGUGCUGUGUGCAUAAUGUUAUCCUGGGAAAACUCUGGAUUGAGCAGUAUGGAACAAUGGAAAUAGUUAACCACAGCACGGGGGAUAAGUGUGUGCUGAAUUUUAAGCCUUGCGGCAUGUUUGGCAAAGAGCUGCACAGAGUAGAGGGACAUAUCCAGGACAAGAGUAAAAAGAAGCGUGUGGUUGUCUAUGGGAAGUGGACUGAGUGCGUGUACAGCAUUGAGACAAAAGUCUACGAGGCCAAUAAGAAAGCGGAGAAGAAAAGCGGAGGAGAUUCCAAGAAACACAAGCAGGAGCCGAGUCCAGGUGGUGAUGAUGCGGAUGAGAUGCCAGAUGUGCAGGAGACGGUCACUAUGAUCCCAGGCAGCACGUUACUGUGGAGAGUGGCCCCUCGACCGGCAAACUCCACACAGAUGUAUAAUUUUACCAAUUUUACUAUGGCGCUCAAUGAGCUGGAGCCCAGCAUGGCUGGAGUCAUCGCACCAACAGACAGUCGUCUGCGGCCAGACAUCAGAGCAAUGGAGACUGGUGAUAUAGACACUGCAAGUCAAGAGAAGGAGAGACUGGAGGAGAAGCAGAGAGCUGCGAGAAGAGAACGUGCUAAAGAUGAGGCAGAAUGGUCCACAAGAUGGUUCCAGCAAGGCAGUAACCCUUACACUGGAGCCGCAGACUGGAUCUACAAAGGUGGAUACUUCGACAGGAGGUACUCUGAUCUUCCAGACAUCUUCUGAUUUGGUCUGAACGGAAGGAUGAAGAGAGGUCCUGAGGUUCAUUCGUUGCUCUCCUUCAUCCAGUCCAUAUCAUUUCCUCUCUUUUACAAGCUCCUUUCACAUUUCUUUUUUUUUUUUUUGCCGAAAUGAUAGAUUCAAAUGAACGUUUAUCGCCUCUCCAUACCUUUCACUGUUAACAAGAAUUUAUUUAUUUAUGUCGAAAAUUAGGGAAUGCCUAAACAAUAUUCUUUUUUUUGGAUGUACGUUAGGUUUAGAGCUAACAUCUUGUGCAAACCUCAAUAUGUAUGUAGAGAUUGUUAGUCUAUAUGUAAGUACUUAGCUUUCCAUGUGUCCGUUGCCUAGUUACACUCAGGUGUUUAUUUUAUGGGUAUAUGUGGUUAGGUGCCGUCUGUAAAGAUUCUUUCUUAUCGUUGAACCGUGAGGCUGCUCUGAACAUGUUAGGAGAUUGUGCUAGCGUCAUUGUGUUUUUGGUCCGAUUAAAACAAUUUUUAUCGUUUUCAAAGGUGUGUUAGAGGCAGAAUGUUGUUAAUAAAAUCCAUCCGAUUUAGUGACUGAUUAUGAGAAGGAAACUGUGCAGUUUUUCCGUGUCAUUCAAUCUCUGUUGUGAUAAAACGGUAAUAUCUAUUAAGCGCGGCUCUCAGGCCAUUCUCUCCAUCUCUGUGGUACAGGAGAAAUUAAACUGAACAUUCUCAUUCCUCACUCGUUUCAAAUAUUUUAGACCUGCUUAUUCAGUUUUAUUUUUGAGCGUCAACAAAAACGAAAGCUGCUUAUGAACAAAAUGUUUACCUGGUUUAAAAGUCGUUUUUUUUAAUAAUGGAAAUAAAGCACUUAUAAGUAACUUCUAAUUCAACCUGACACAAACAAUGAUUUGUUUAUGGUUGCCAAAGCAACUUUUUUUAUCUUUUUUUUAAACUAAAGCCAUAUUAUUUAUCAGGACUGCACUGUUGUGUAGUUGAAUGCUAGAUCCUGGUGUGGAAGAAACUGAGAUGGGUGCUAAUCUCUUUCUGUUUGUUUAUGCACUUAGGGCUUGCAAAUGUCAGUUUACCCCUCGUAUACAUAUACAUGUACCAAAAAUGCUCGGUCGAUUACAGAAUGUGCUUCAUUGUUCACAAAUAUUUGAUAGGACAAGGGUAAAGACUUCAUCAAACAUAUUAAUCGAAGACAAGAGCUGACCUCAGAGGACUUCAAAAAGACAUAGCAGUCUUUUGUUUUCAAAAGUCUAAACAAUACUGUGAUUUUUUUUAGCACUCACAAAUUCCCACACGCUAUGCAAAGAUCGAUCGGAAUGUCUGUGUGUUUGUCUAUGAAUCGUAUAAAUACGUCAAAGAGC